UCUUUCCUCUUCUUUCUCCUUCUUCUUCCUUCUGCUUCUCCUUCCUCCCCUCGUCUCUCUCUCUCUCCUUCAGAUCUAACCGGAAAACAACCUCUAAAAACCAAAACACAGUCGUUUUGAGCUCCGACCCGGAAAAGCGGGCGAUUUGACCCGCUCCCGCUCCAGGUAAAGGCGGCCGCGAAACCCGCUAUGGACCCGCUUUUCCCUAACGCGCGAAUCGGUGGCGCUUGGACGCGGUAGGCUGUUUUUGGCCGCUCCGCACCGCGAUCGCGCCGGGAGCGGCCGCUAUUGAGUGCAUAUUGAAUUGACAUUUUGGGUCAGACUUAGGAAUCCGAAAAAGUGAAUACUAUUUGGUCUUAGUAAUCGGCAUGAAACCGGGAAAAGAAAUUUGAAGUGCAAUGAAACAAAAAAUAACAUAACUUGGUAGUUACAUGACAUCAUUUUUGUAAAGAUAGGUCAUUUGGUUAACAAAAGCAAUAUUUAGACUUGUUUUACCCCUCAAUUUAGGACGUGUCAUUUGUAGAGGAUGUCCAGUUUGGAUUUUUCCACAACAUACUAUCUUCUUAUAUUAAGGAGGAAGAGAGAUAGCAUAUGUCAGAACAAUACCAUUUUAUUCAAAUUCUGCUACGCUAUUUGACAUCACUGCUAUUGCACUGCACUUCCAAAAGAAUUGGUUGUGCAGUCCUUAUUUUCAUCCGAACCAAUCUUUAAGUCUGUGUCGUCGGUUUCUUAGUUCUAUUAUGGCUGGUGAUUCCUCUGCAAUCUUCAAUGGAAAUGGCAAUGGCAGCAUCAACCUACAGAGGACUUACCAAGUGGUUGUGGCUGCCACCAAAGAAAUGGGCAUUGGUAAGGAUGGGAAAUUACCAUGGAGACUACCUACUGAUCUCAAGUUUUUCAAGGAGAUAACUACUACAACAUCCGAGCCUGGGAAGAAAAAUGCCAUUGUUAUGGGAAGAAAAACAUGGGAGAGUAUCCCUCUUCAGUUCAGACCUCUUCUUGGUCGUCUUAAUGUUGUUUUGACUCGCUCGGGUACCUUUGAUAUUGCAGCAGCAGAAAAUGUUGUUAUAUGUAGAAGUAUGUCGUCUGCGUUGGAACUCUUAGCAGCUUCUCCUUAUCACACUUCGAUUGAGAAAAUAUUUGUUAUAGGGGGUGGUGAGAUAUUUAGGGAGGCUCUCAAUGCACCUGAAUGUGAAGCUAUCCACCUCACAGAAAUUCAAUCAAACAUUGAGUGUGAUACUUUUAUGCCUCCAAUUGACACCACUAUAUUUCAGCCAUGGUACUCGUCCUUUCCUAAGGUGGAAAACAACAUCCGAUAUUCAUUCACCACUUAUGUGCGUGUAAGGAGUUCUGCAGCAGAGUACCCGAGUCAGAAUACUGAUUCACUUUUUGAUAGUAAUUCGGCUUCUAAAAAAUUUGAGGUUCAGAACUUUUCUUUUCUUCCGAAAAUGAUUUUCGAGAGACAUGCGGAGUACAUGUAUCUUAAUCUGGUUCAAGAAAUCAUAUCUCAAGGUACCACUAAGGGUGAUAGGACAGGGACUGGGACGUUGUCAGCAUUUGGUUGCCAGAUGAGGUUCAAUCUGCGCAGAGGCUUUCCUCUUCUAACAACUAAGAGAGUAUUUUGGCGAGGGGUUGUUGAAGAGCUUCUUUGGUUUAUCAGCGGCUCAACAAAUGCAAAGGUGUUGCAGCAAAAAGGCAUUCAUAUAUGGGAUGAUAAUGCAUCCAGGGAGUUCCUUGACAGCAUUGGUUUGUCAGAGAGGGAAGAGGGUGAUUUAGGACCUGUUUAUGGGUUUCAGUGGAGGCACUUUGGUGCCAAGUAUACUAACAUGCAUGGUGACUAUGCCAACCAAGGACUUGAUCAGCUUUUAGAUGUUAUCAACAAGAUAAAGCAUAAUCCCGAUGAUCGACGGAUCAUUCUCUCUGCAUGGAAUCCAGCAGAUCUUAAAUUGAUGGCUCUUCCACCCUGCCACAUGUUUGCACAGUUCUAUGUAGCAAAUGGGGAGUUAUCAUGUCAAAUGUAUCAGCGAUCUGCUGACAUGGGCCUGGGUGUGCCAUUUAACAUUGCAUCUUAUGCCCUCCUGACAUGCAUGAUUGCUCAUAUUUGUGAACUUGUUCCAGGUGAUUUUAUCCAUGCUAUUGGGGAUGCACAUGUGUACCAAACUCAUGUGAGGCCUUUGCAGGAGCAGCUUCAUAACCUACCAAAACCUUUUCCAACUUUGAAGAUCAAUCCAAAGAAGAAAGAUAUAGAUUCUUUUGUGGCUACUGAUUUCAAGCUCAUUGACUAUGAUCCUCACCAGAAGAUUGAGAUGAAAAUGGCUGUUUAAAAUAUGGGAGAGCUUAUGCCCUGCUUCAGGUUGUUUCUGCUGUUUGAAAUGAGGCAAGUAUGCAAUUUAGUUCUGUUGGAUAUCAUUAAGGUGAUUCAGUUUUUAUAGAAUGCAGAAUGGUGCUUUCUUUCUAGUGGUCCGUGAGCUCAAAGCCUUGGUGAUCAUGUAUGCUCAAGUGCUAUAUUACAUGUUUAGAACUUUUUGUAUUUAAAAACGGCUUAUAUAAAUCUAUAUUAAGUUUGAAUGGAUUUAAAAUUAUUCUUAUUCUGUAUCAAAUUUUGUCUCAAACUAGUUUAUCAUCAAAUGUUAUUUAGAAUAUCUUGUAAGUCUCAAACUUUUGAUUCAAGUAGUUAUAUUUAUAGGCUAGUUUCAAAA